UGUUUAUAGUACUAUUCAUGUCCCUCUAUUAUUUCAAAGUGAUCCUCUUUCUUGGUGGUGCCGGAGAUCAUCCUAAACCGCCGGAACCAAGCGGAACCUGGCCUGUUCUAGGUCACCUCCUUCUUCUCCGAGGUCCCAAACAUCUCCACGUAGCACUUUCUGAGAUGGCCGACAAAUAUGGGCCAAUUUUCAGCAUCCGUCUUGGACUUCGCAGGGCGAUUGUGGUUAGCAAUUGGGAGUUGGCCAAAGAACUGUCCACCACUCACGACCUAACCGUGGCAUCGCGUCCUCAAAUGCUAGCAGGAAAACACUUGGGAUACAACAAUGCCAUGUUUGGCCUUUCUCCAUACGGCUCAUACUGGCGGCAGAUUCGAAAAUUUGUGUCGUUGGAGUUGUUGUCUAUGCGCCGACUCAACUUGCUCGGACACAUAAGGGUGUCCGAGACAAAUGCUUCCAUCCAACAACUUUAUAAGUUAUGGGCGGAUAAAGGAGAUGACAACUUGACUUUGACUACCGGUUCUUAUAGUGACGGUGUCCUUGUGGAUAUGAGGCAAUGGUUAUUAGACUUUACAACAAACGUGAUUCAUAGGAUUAUCUAUGGAAAAAGAUAUGAUGGGAGUGGUGUUGACAUGGAAGAAGCUCGAAAAUGUCAAAGAAUUUUAAAGAAGAUCACACGUCUGAUUGGUUUAAAUGUGGUUGGGGACAUGAUACCAUGGCUUCGAUGGUUAGAUAUAGGAGGUCACCAGAAGGUCAUGAAAGAAACGUCAAAAGAAUACGACAAUCUCAUGGAGGAGUGGCUAGAAGAGCACCAUGAUCGACGGAAGGGACAUAACGAUUCGGGUAGUGCAGAUCGUGAUUUCAUUGACGUGAUGAUCUCAAAGCUUAAAGAUGUCAAUAUAGAUAAUUAUGAUGCUGAUACCAUUAACAAAUCUACAUGCCUGAAUUUGAAUCUCGGGGGAGUAGAUUCGACGGCCACCAUGCUGACAUGGACUAUUUCCUUACUGAUGAACCAUCGCGAGGUGUUGAUGAAGGUUGAGGAAGAAUUGGACAUCCAUGUGGGCAAAGGAAGGAACGUGGAGGAGUCUGAUAUUCCCAAAUUGGUAUACCUCCAAGCUGUUAUGAAAGAAUCCCUAAGGUUAUAUCCACCGGUUCCACUAGGAGGCCCAAGAGAAGUCACCAAAGAUUGUGUUGUGGGCGGCUAUCAUGUGGCGGCAGGGACAAGACUUUUCUUUAACAUAUGGAAAGUCCAACACGAUCCUAAGAUAUGGUCAGAACCAUUAGAGUUUCGACCAGAGAGAUUCAUGACUACCCAUAGGAAUACAGAUUUUCGUGGCCAGAAUUUUGAGCUGAUUCCUUUUGGUACUGGUAGGAGAGUGUGCCCGGGAAUAAACCUUAGCAUGCAAAUGGGACACUUAGUGUUAGCUAGCUUGCUGCAGUCUUUUAAGCUCCUAAAUCCCAACAAUGAACUUGUAGAUAUGACUGCGGUUGAAGGAGUUUCAUUAUCUAAAGCUACGCCUCUUGAAGUGAUCAUCACUCCAAAGCUUUCUAGUAAUCUUUAUGAAUGAUUCCCUGAACAUGUGAAGCAUGGAAUAUGAAUGAGUUUAAG